AACGGCUAUAUUCAAUUUCAAACAUGAAAAACCCUAAUUUCAAUUUCAACAACUCUUCUUUAUCUCUCUCUCCCUGCAUCUCUAUCUUACAAGAUCAAGAUCGAAUGUCAAUAUUUCUCUAUCUCUCUAAAAACAGAGUUCACAGUCUAGUCUUGAAAGAAAACCCAUAAAAAAACCAGCUGCAGAACAUAAAAUUCUUGUCUUUCCCUUAAAACAAACACAAUGGCCCCGACACCCUCUUCUUCUUCUUCUAAAUCGAAUCACCCACACGUCUUAAAGACUCCUCAAUCAAAACAUAGGAUAAAUUUCUCUUCAACAAGAACUCCAAACCCUAACCCAUCUCCAAACCCUAACUACACCAUCAAAGAGAUCCCUCAAGACCACCCCGUUGAAGUGAUUAGCAGGAUACGAGAUUAUCCUGAGAGAAAAGAGAAACCCACUUCGAUCUUGCAAGUAAAUCCCGAGAACAACACUCUUCGUGUCCGUGCCGACAUUGGGUACAGAGACUUCAGCUUCGAUGGGGUCUCUUUCUCUGAAGAAGAAGACCUCGAUUCCUUUUACAAGAAGUUCGUGGAGUCGAGGAUUAAUGGGGUUAAGUUGGGUGCAAAAUGCACAAUAAUGAUGUAUGGUCCUACUGGUUCUGGGAAAAGCCAUACGAUGUUUGGUUGCUCGAAGCAGCCAGGCAUUGUUUAUCGGUCUUUGAAAGGUAUUUUAGGAGAAGGAGAAGAGGGAAGGGAAGGGGGCGAAGGGGAGAAGCGACAACUUGGUACUUUUGUGCAAGUUACAGUUUUAGAGAUUUAUAAUGAAGAAAUUUAUGAUCUUUUGUCGACUAAUGGUGGGGGAGGAAUUGGAAUCGGGUGGCCUAAGAGUGGCAGUGGAUACAAGGUAAGACUAGAAGUGAUGGGAAAGAAGGCUAAAAAUGCGACUUUUAUCUCUGGAAAUGAAGCUGGGAAGAUUUCAAAAGAGAUUCAGAAAGUUGAGAAGCGAAGGAUAAUUAAGAGCACGCUUUGUAAUGAGCGAAGUUCUAGGAGUCACUGCAUGAUAAUACUUGAUGUCCCAACUGUGGGAGGCCGACUUAUGCUUGUGGAUAUGGCAGGUUCAGAAAAUAUUGACCAAGCUGGGCAAAGUGGUUUUGAAGCUAAAAUGCAGACUGCGAAGAUCAACCAAGGGAAUAUAGCAUUAAAGAGAGUUGUUGAAUCUAUUGCUAAUGGAGAUUCUCAUGUACCUUUCAGAGAUAGCAAGUUAACUAUGCUGCUCCAAGAUUCUUUCGAAGAUGACAAGUCAAAAAUUUUGAUGAUUCUGUGUGCAAGCCCAGACCCAAAAGAAAUACACAAGACAAUCUGCACGCUUGAAUAUGGAGCAAAAGCAAAAUGUAUUGUCCGUGGUCCUCAUACGCCAAUUAAGGAUAAACUUGGUGCUGAAGAUUCUUCUGUGGGCAUCUUAGGAUCCAGGAUAGCAGCUAUGGACCAGUUUAUCUACAAGCUACAAAUGGAGAACAAGCUCAGAGAAAAGGAGAGGAAUGAUGCUCACAAACAGCUAAGGAAGAAAGAAGAAGAAGUUGCUGUGCUGAGAGCACUUAUUGAAGAGAAGGGAUCUCAAGCAAGUGAAGAGGAGAUAAACCUAAAAGUGAAUGAGCGUACAGAGAUACUGAAACUUCAGUUGGAAAAGAAGUUGGAGGAGUGCCAAAGAAUGGCUGAAGAGUUUGUGGAGAUGGAGAGGAGGAGAAUGGAAGAGAAGAUACUUCAACAGCAGCAGGAAGUUGAGAUGCUGAGAAGGCGCUUGCAAGAAAUUGAAUUUGAGCUAUGUUGUUCAAGGGAUGAAAAUGGUCCAAGGGACAUUGAUGGCUGCAGCUUUGCCAGAAGGCUGCUGGGGGUUUAUGCUGAUGAGGACCCAGGGAUGGUGAAAUCGAUGGAUUUAGACAUGGGUGAUCAAGAAGCAUUUGUUCGUGAUGUGAGAUUUGUUAGCACAUCUGCUGAUCAAUCUAGCAUCAUUGGAACCCAAAGUUUGUCUAGUUAUCCUCAUGUUAGUACUUUGAAUCAGGUGGUUGAUCAUGGAGAUAAAGUUUGUCUUAGCACUGUGUUCGAGGAGGAAGAGGUAGAAGAGGAGGAAGAACACAAAAAUAAAGUGGAAGAUGAAGAGGUGGAGAAAGAAGUAAUAGAGGUGACGAGGGUUGUUGACGUGUCUAGUCCAGGGAUCAAUUUUGUUGCUGGCUCCUUGAUAUCUUCUCCUCUGAAGCUUGAGGCACUCAAGGAUGGUUCAGAAGAUAGGCAUUCAGUUUCAGGACCAUUAAAUGAGUUUGAGAUUGUGAAAGAUAGGCACUCAGAUUCAGGACCAGUAAAUGAGUAUGAGAAUGUGAAAGAUAGGCACUCUGUUUCAGGACCAGCAAAUGAGUAUGAGAAUGUGAAAGAUUCAGCCUCUUCUAGACGAUUAAGAAUCCAGAACAUAUUUACACUUUGCGGGAAUAACAGAGAGCUUUGCCAACAAUUCAGAACUCCAAUACCUGCAAAAAGGAGGGUUGCAGAUACUGAUCCUCAAACAUCUCCAAUUAUGACUGUCGGCAAGGAUUCUACUCAAAAAAUUUCGAACAAGGGAAACUCACCACUCCAGAAAAAUGUGCCUGUGAUAGAAUGUGGGAAAAAUCUGUCUGACAUGAUGGCAUUGGCUUCAAAGGAGAACUACAACCCUUCAGUAAAAAUUACUGAUUCACAGAUUGAAGUACAUGUGAAAUGGGAAGCUUCUAAAGGAAACAGUGGUAAAUUCAUCACCACACUUAAGGUGUUGAAGGAUGCCACACUUGCUGACCUGCGGAAGCUGAUCGAAAUCUAUCUUGCUGCGGACAAUCAAGCAUUCACUUUUCUUGUGCUUGGGGAUCCUACUGGAGCACCAGUUCCAAAAGAGAAAGAAUCAACAGUACAGGUCAUCAAACUCCCCAUUUGCAACUACCAAUCCCAUGGCUAUCUGGCUUGCUUGCGACCAGCCAAGGAAACCCAAGAUUCGAAUCAUCUCCCAUCAACCCCUAUUCCAUUGACUCCAUUGGAAAAUAAGCUACCACUCACCCCUAUGCCUUGCUUGUCACAUAAAGUUUCUGAUUUAUCUCCCAAACUAGCUGCACACCUGAACUCUACUCCCUUCACUACUCUUCAAAGGCACUAGUAGCCAUGGUGUGUGUAUCUGAUGCGUUGAGUAUAUAUUCAUAUGUACUCUUACUGGAUUUUAAAUGUGAAUUUGUUGUCAAUAUGUGAGUUUGGUUUUAUGUCGGGGUA